UGGCUGUGUUCCUGCGUGCCCUGCCCUGGGUGCCCUGCUCUGGCAGGGGGUUGGGCUGGAUGAUCUCUGAAGGUCCCUUCCAGCCCCUAGCACUCUGGGAUUCUGUGCUCUGUGUCCUCAUCUGGACUCAGCACUGGUGAGGCCAUACCUUGAGUACUGUGAUUCUGUGUUCUGUGACAAGGGGCACUGGGGGCAAGCUGGAGCAGAGGAGGUGCCACAGCAACAGAAGGGAAAACUUUGUCCCUGUGAGGGUCCUGGAGCCCCGGAGCAGGUAUACAUGAGCAAAAGCAAGAGUGAUCAAGACUACUGCCCAGACUCAGAAGUACUUGAUUCUUCAAGAGCUCACAAGAUACCUUGAGAGAGAGUAAUGAAGGGUGAAGAAAGUAGGAUGAAAAAAAGGAAAAAAGUUAUUUUUGAGAAGCAGUGGUUCUACCUGGAUAAUGCCAUUGGCCACGUUUAUGGAACUACAUUUGAAGUCACCAGUGGUGGAAGCCUCCAGCCCAAGAAAGAGGUAGAAGAGGCAACCACAGAAACAAAAGGAGCAGGCACAGACAAUCGUAACAUAGUUGAUGAUGGGAAGUCUCAGAAGCUGACUCAUGAUGACAUAAAGGCUCUGAAGGACAAGGGGAUUAAAGGACAGGAAAUAGUUCAGCAGCUAAUAGAGAACAGCACAACCUUCAGGGACAAGACUGAAUUUGCUCAAGAUAAAUACAUCAAGAAGAAGAAGAAAAAGUAUGAGGCACUCAUCACGAUUGUGAAGCCAUCCACACGCAUUCUGGCAACCAUGUACUAUGCCAGGGAGCCAGGGAAAAUCAACCACCUGCGCUACGACAGCCUGGCUCAGAUGCUGACCCUGGGCAACGUCCAUGCUGGCAGCAAGAUGCUUGUGAUGGAAACCUGUGCAGGUCUGGUGCUGGGAGCUGUGAUGGAGCGCAUGGGAGGUUAUGGAACCAUCAUUCAGAUGUAUCCAGGAGGGGGACCUCUCAGAGCUGCUACCAGUUGCUUUGGGUUUCCAAAGCAUUUUUUUGAUAACCUUCAUGAAUUUCCUCUCAGCAAAGUGGAGAGUCUCCUGUCUGGGACAUUUUCUACAGAGGCUCUGCCUUCAGAACCUGAAGGGAGCACUCUAGUGGAAGAAGAAAGCAAUGGAUUGAGUGAUGAGAAGCAGACUUCCCUGCAGGAAACAGAGGAGGAGCCUACUACUGAAGCAUCUAUGGAGGUCAGCCAGGCAGAAGAGCAGGAAACAAUGGACCUUAGCAGUGAAGAUGUGGAAUUUAAAGAGAGCAAAGAGAAAGGAAUGAAAGAAAAUGUGCGGGAGAAGCAAAGGAAACAGUGGGAGAGAAGGAAAAAGCUGAUAGAAACUGCUGCCCUGUUGAGAGAGAAGAACUCUGAUGGCUUGAUCAUAGCCAGCAAGUUUCACCCCACACCCCUGCUGCUUUCCCUGCUGGAGUUUGUGGCUCCUUCCAGGCCUUUUGUUGUCUACUGCCAGUAUAAAGAGCCACUCCUGGAGUGCUACACCAAGCUGAGGGAGAGAGGAGGUGUGGUUAACCUGAAGCUGUCUGAGACCUGGCUCCGUAACUACCAGGUCUUACCGGAUCGCAGCCAUCCCAAACUGACCAUGAGUGGAGGUGGAGGGUACCUGCUGUCUGGCAUAACUGUUGUCCUGGAUAAGGGCAGAGCUGAUUCCAGUCACUCAGAAGCACUGAAGAUGGAAGAGCCAUCAGCCAAAAGAUGCAGAGUUCAGGACCUCCACUGCUAA